AUGACCUUUCACGGAAACGACACACCGGUCCUAGUGGCCCCUCGCCCCGUCAGGAUCACUGCUGGUACCCCUUCCUUCCACUCACUCGUUGGCCGGGCUCAGCCAGUACGACUUGUCUCUGCCCCGGAAAAUCUUGAACACUCUUCACUAGAAGAAGUCAAAACAGAUUUACUUCUAGAUCUAUCUUCAUCGCCUCUCGAGCGAGAUUUGAGUCCUCGAGCUUCACCCAGAUCUUCUUUACCAUCUGAGGCCUUGGAAGAGUUUUUGUCUAUUUUGAAACCUGGAUUACCUGGAUUUUUCCCUCCUCGCUCUCCUAUCCGCAGUCGGCGACAAGUGUCAUUGCCCACUCUACCAGUCUACUCUCACAAGGCUCGGGCUCGUCUAGAGCGGCCUAGUAGUAGAUUAGAAGAGCUCGAUGUCAUUCGUUCGACUCAAUCAAGCAGGAUCAACCGUACUCCGGAGUCUACAGAUGGACUAGAUGGCAUUGACAUCCAAGUAUUGGAGAUUGACGAUGCACAUUCGCCCUUCCGUUGGUUUACAUCGAGUGUUUUAUCAUCACCUGUUUCCCGCAGUAACACGCGAAAUCCGUUUCAACGACAUGCUGCUACAUAUACUGUGGUCCACGGGCAGCCGCCUAGCGCUACUGCCGUUUCACCAAUGUCGCCUUCCACGAUACCACUACCCUUACCUACCGCUGAUGAGCUUGUCGAAAGUUCAUAA